AUGAGUCAACCGGGCACCCAGCCUGUCCCGGGAGGUGUAGGACAAGGGCCUGCAGAGGUGUCGCAAACCGCACAGAAUGUCGAUGCGACGAAGGCAGGUGAGAACGGAGCUGGAGCCAGCGUCCCAGCAUCCUCUUCUCUAGAACCAAAUCAGCAGAACGUAUCCGCCGCCGAUCGAUCAGAAAGCAUUGGGCCACGCUCGAAGCGAAGCUUUGGCCGAAGGAAACGAGACCCUAGUACUGGAAGUAGACGUCGGGGGCGACGAGGCGAGCCUGCAAAUGAGAAGUCCACGCGAUCUGCGCCUGGCGCCUCCGCCAGUCGGACGAACUUAGGAGACGAAAACAAACCGAAGAAGAAGUCGGGCCUGUUUGCGAUACUAUGCUGCAGUGCUUCUGACAAGUCUCCUGGCGGUGACGGUCAGGAUGCCGCAGAGCCUGCCAAGCCGGUGACUAAACCCCUGCAAGGAAGAACGCAACAACAACCGCAAGCUGUCACGCAAGCUGGCAGCAGCAACGCCAACACGAGCGCGGACGAGUCGAAGGAAGUCAUCGAUGAGAAGGCUGCCCAGCAACACCCACAAGCCAAUGGGUCCAAGGGCGAACCAAGGACGUCUACGUCUGGAUCUGCUCUUGAUGAGAAGACUGCUGCAAUUCAAUCCACCUUUCCCAGAAACUCUAUCGAUGCUGCAGCCUCCGGAUCAGCAUCGCCAGCCGUUGUCCCUCCUAUCGUAACAGGCGGUGCAGCUAGUUUGGCACCUGGUCCGUCGGUGCAAGUGCAAGCACCCACACCAACCGUUCCACAGCAGGAAGAUGAGCCCAUUUUUGACCGGACUGCUGAGCAGCAGCAGCGUGAUGAAGAUAUCGAGAUGAAAGACUCCAACGUCUUGACUGAGAAAGAGGCACAAAAGGAAAUCGAGGAGAUGCAACAUGCUCAUCAAGAAGAGACAUCGACGGCGCAGCCAACGACUGGGUUGCCGCCCCCGCCCGGUCCUCCUCCAGGAACUAACGAGAAAAGUAACGAGACCUCCAUGGUCUCCACGCCUGAGGGCACUUCAAAAUGGCUUCUUCCUCCAACGCGACCUGAGCACAAGGGUCGAAAGUGUCUUGUUCUCGAUCUGGAUGAAACGCUUGUACACAGCAGUUUCAAGAUUCUUCAUCAAGCAGACUUCACGAUUCCUGUUGAAAUCGAAGGGCAAUAUCACAACGUAUACGUCAUAAAACGGCCUGGCGUUGAUGCUUUCCUCAAACGGGUCGGAGAGAUCUAUGAAGUCGUGGUCUUCACUGCUUCUGUGUCCAAAUACGGAGACCCACUCCUCGACCAGCUCGACAUCCACAAUGUCGUGCAUCACAGGCUGUUCCGAGAAAGCUGCUACAAUCAUCAAGGAAACUAUGUCAAGGACCUGAGUCAAGUGGGACGAGACCUGAAGGAAACCAUCAUUAUUGACAACUCGCCGACCAGCUACAUUUUCCAUCCGCAACAUGCAGUUCCGAUCAGCAGCUGGUUCAGCGACGCGCACGAUAAUGAGCUCUUGGAUCUGAUUCCAGUAUUAGAAGACCUUGCUGGCGAUCAGGUCGCCGAUGUCAGCCUGGUGCUCGACGUCGCUUUGUGA